AUGACUGCCAGAGUUGAGAAGACUAAGGGAGUGAACAGUAUGUUUCAGGUGUUCCUAACGGGGAACAACUCGGAUCACUUCACCAUUUCACCCACAGCGGUGCAGGGCCGUGCUGACAUCAGGAUGAGGGUGGACGUGCCUUUGGACUACGAGAACAUCCAAAGAUACAGCUUCUCUCUAUAUGCCAAUGAGUCCAUGUCCGAACAUGUGGGUUUUGCCCGUAUCUACAUUGACCUGAUCAAUGAGAAUGACAACCGGCCCAUCUUCCUUAAAUCCCUGUAUAACAUCAGUCUGCCUGAGAACACACCCAGAGGAACCUCCCUCCUACGCAUCCAGGCUAUAGACGGUGACUUUGGUACGUUUGGGACAGUGCGGUAUUACUUCAGUGAUGAGCCUGAACAGUUUUCAUUGGACCCUGAGACAGGCUGGGUGCAUCUGUGGGGCAAUCUGGACUAUGAGCUGAUGCGUCGAUUCACUCUGACCGUGCUGGCCCGGGACGGUGGUGGAGAGGAGACCACGGGCAGGCUGUGGGUCAACGUCCUGGAUGUCAAUGACAACACACCCCUUUUCCAGAAGGAGGCCUACAUGGGCUCACUGAGAGAGAACGAACAGGCCGCCCAACAGGUGGCCCGAGUCAGGGCAACAGAUGAGGACUCUCCCCCUAACAACUUCCUGACCUACACCAUCACAUCAGUGUCUGCGUUCCGUGGUUACUUCAGAAUCACCAUGGUGGAGGGCUACGCAGUGAUCAGUGUGAACAGCCCUCUGGACUACGAGAUGGUCCCUGAAGGAAUGAUCUACCUAACUGUGAUGGCUAAAGACGGCGGGAACCCAUCCCUUAACAGCAGUGUCUCUGUCACCGUCGAGCUGUUUGAUGAGAAUGACAACCCGCCAAAGUUCAGCAAGCCGUCCUACCUCGUCAAGAUCCCUGAGAACAUAAUUGCAGGGGCGACGGUUGUGUUUGUGAAUGCCACUGAUCUGGACGCCUCCCGGGAGUUUGGACAGGCCUCACUCAUCUACUCCCUACAGGGCUCCUCCCAGUUCCGCCUCAACACACGCUCAGGAGAGAUAACCACUACAGCCUUACUGGACAGAGAGCUGAAGUCAGAGUACAUCCUGAUUGUCAGAGCUGUGGAUGGAGGGGUGGGGCCACUGCAAAAGACUGGCAUUGCCACGGUGAACAUCACCAUCCUGGACAUAAAUGACAAUUCCCCCAUGUGGCGAGACGAGCCCUACCACGCCAACGUGGUGGAGAUGAGCCCCAUCGACACUGAUGUCAUCUCUGUGCUAGCGAUAGACCCAGAUGUUGGGGACAAUGGGACAGUGGUGUACAGCAUCAGCCCAGAGAACCCCUUCUACACCAUCAACAGCAGCACAGGCAAGAUCAGGACCAGCGGGGCCGUGCUGGACAGAGAGAGGUCCAACCCAAAAGACAUCCUGCUCAUGAGGACCAUCAUCGUGUCUGCUGUCGAUCUUGGCAGACCUCCACUGCGUUCCUCAGUCAGCACCACGGUGUACGUCAACUUGCUGGACCUUAAUGACAAUGACCCCAUCUUCCUUAACCUGCCCUUUGUGGCCGAGGUGCCAGAGGGCCUGCCUAGUGGAUCCUCUGUGUUCAAGAUCCAGGUGGAGGACCCUGAUCAGGAGGAGAAUGGUAUGGUUACCAUGGGGCUACUGGUGGGCAUGCCACGCGUUGAUUUUUAUCUCAACACCACCACGGGUGUGCUGUACUCAACGGCAACUCUGGACCGCGAGCAGAUUAGCCUGUACCACCUGAGGAUCGUGGCGUACGACCAAGGGCAGAACCCACGCACCUCCACCAGCACCCUUACCAUCACAGUCCUAGAUGCCAACGACGAGACCCCCACCUUCUUCCCCAAGGUGUACAACGUGUCCCUGCAGGAGAGCGUCGCCAGGGACCAUGUGGUGGCUCGCCUCAACUGCUCCGACAAUGACGCUGGCCUUAACGCCGAGCUCAGCUACUUCAUCACAGGUGGUAACCAGGAUGGUAAAUUCAGUGUUGGCUUCAGAGAUGGAGUGGUUCGGACUGUGGUUGGCUUGGACAGAGAGACACAGGCUACAUACUCACUGGUCAUAGAGGCUAUCGACAAUGGUCCAGCAGGCAGCAGGAGGACAGGCACAGCCACAGUGUUUGUAGAAGUACUGGACGUGAACGACAACAGACCCAUCUUCCUCCAGAACAGCUACGAGACCAGCAUACUGGAGAAUGUCCCCAUAGGAUCAAGCAUCCUGCAGGUGCAGGCCACAGAUUCAGACCAGGGGGAGAACGGCAGGGUUCUGUACAGGAUCCUCUCUGGCAACAGUAAGGGUCUGUUCAGAAUUAAUGAGCUGUCGGGGCUUGUGAUGCGGGGCCAGAGGGCUCUGGACAGAGAGAGCAGCAGCUCCCACGUGCUGGAAGUGGAGGCCUACAACAGUGACCAGGGCAGGAUGAGGAGCUCCGUACGGGUGAUAGUGUAUGUGGAGGAUGCCAAUGACGAGGCACCAGUGUUCACCCAGCAGCAGUACAACCGCCUGGGUCUGAGGGAGACCGCUGGCAUUGGCACCUCUGUCAUCGUAGUACGAGCUACAGACCCCGACACUGGUGACGGCGGGGCGGUGGCCUACGCCCUGGACUCCGGCUCCGACCGUAAGUUUGAUGUGGAUGUGAGCACGGGCCUGGUGACCACUGUAGACUACCUAGACUACGAGACCAAGACCAGCUAUCUGAUGAACGUGUCGGCUACCGACCAGGCGCCACCAUUCCACCGUGGCUUCUGCAUGGUCUAUGUGACCUUACUUAAUGAGCUGGACGAGGCGGUGGCGUUCUUCUCUGCGGGCUACGAGGUGUCACUCCUGGAGAACAUUGCCACAGGAACGGAGGUGGUGCAGGUGCAGGCACAGUCGGCGGACAACCUCAACCAGCUGUCGUAUCGCUUUGACCCGGACACAUCGCCAGCCGCCCUUGCCCUCUUCAAGAUCGACAGUAUCACGGGCCGUAUCACAGUCACAGGGCUGCUGGACAGGGAGAAGGGGGACCUCUACACCCUGACUGUAGUGGCUGACGAUGGGGGACCCAAAAAAGACUCCACUGUGGUGUCAAUCACCAUACAGGAUGAGAAUGACAACAGUCCAGAGUUUGAUAUCACAUCUGAUUCAUUGGUGGAGAUUCCAGAGAACACACCCAUCGGGAAGAGAGUGGCUGUGGUGCUUGGGCGCGACAAAGAUGCCGGGAAAAAUGGACUGGUGUACUUCAGGCUGGUGGCAGGGAACAUGCAGGAUGUGUUUGAGAUCCGGACAGUGAACCACACCUAUGGAGAGAUCUACGUCAACUCCCCUCUGGACCGAGAGUCUGUUGACCGCUACCUGCUCAAGGUUAGACACCUGGGUCAGAUUCUAUAACCAUGUUUCCAACGUCAUACCAUUUAAAAAAAAUCAUGACAGCUCUGAUGGAAACAGGCAUUUCGGUACAAUUUUGUAAAUGCCAACAGAUCAUUUGUUCAUUUGAUGUGAUCUUUUUGUGUUGGUAAAGUUAAUUAUGCGAGAAAUGCCGAUGGAAAUGCCUUUAUGAGCAAAUAUUGAUAUGUUAGUCA